AUGAUUCGAGCAGCGAGGAGGAGAAUGCUGCGGGGCAAGCACUCGCAGAGAGCGACGCACUUCUUGAUGCCAAUAUUUUCAAGUUGCAUGGAAAUAUGCCACAGGUUGACCGCGCCUCCGUUUUUAAGGCCUUCAAGCAGCUUGAUGCGGCCGCCCAGCGUUCUCCAAGGGGUGUUCUCUUCUGUACAGACGUGGCUGCCCGAGGGCUGGAUAUGCCGCGGGUGGACUGGAUCGUGCACUACGACCCCCCGGCGGAUCCGGCGUGCUACGUUCACCGUAUCGGGCGCACCGCCCGCAUUGGCAACGCCGGAGACUCCCUGCUGUUUCUCAUGCCACAUGAGGCGGGAUACGUCCCUUACCUGA